AUGCGAUUUUUAAAAAAUCAUCGAAGUCCGGAUUUUUAUAAAUUCGCGGCAGUGACGCAUUAUUGGGACGCGAACAGACAAAUAGUGUUCGAAACAAUUUGUAUUCGAAAAUCCGUGAACGAUUACCGAGUGCCGGACGUCACCAGACGGUGGUUAGAUGCCAAAUUACGAGUGUACAAUUAUCCGGUACCGGAAAUACCGAUUAUUGUUUUUGACAUCGAAACCGUGUCGGCGGACGCGUAUCGCGUUCCGACAGGUGAACAUCCAGACGACGUAUUGUUUUCCGUUUCCGUACAUCAUCUGAUCGAAAAAUGUUUGUACACUCUGGUGUAUUUACCGUUGACCGACGAUUGUCGGAAAACAUCGACCGACGACGACGACGAUGCCGCAGCUGCUUUAGCACAAGUGCGGUUUACAAGUUGUUCAGACAAUAAUUAUUAUAAUACCGAAGAAUAUAAUAAUGACUAA